GACGAUGCAAAGUCCUUUGUAUCUUUGAUCUGGAUCAUCGUCCUUCGACAUGAGCGAGGAUCAAUACCAGCUGUCCUGUAAGCAGACACGAUUAGAACAUGAGAAUGGACGGUGAAGAACCGAGACAGUCGUGUUUAUAAGAGUGAGUCUUGGUCCGUGGAAAAGGAAGUACAGCAUCAGCAUCAUCACAUUCCUCUUGCAUCUCUCGAGCAAUCACCAAUCUCUUACUUUUCUACUCAACUUCGCCUGUCCCUCUUCAAGAUGUACACCCUGAUUCCCCUCGUCGUUACCCUUUUCGCCCUCUCCGCAUCAGCCGCUCCUUCUCUGGAAGCCCGCAAGAAUGUCGGCGGCGCCCCUACAGGCGGCCCUGCAUCAGCAAAAGUGACCAUCUACAGCAGCUACACUUGCGCCGCCCCAGGCACUGUACCACCCACCGACGGCAGCGCAGGAACAGCAACAACAUUCACAAUCGCAGAAGGCACAUGCACAAUCCCCACUGCCGGUUUGAUAUUCGGAGGAGCAUUGACUGCGAGUCUGACUGCCGUACCCAAAACUGGUACUGUUGGCUGUUAUGUUCUUGGACAUAGUCAACAGGGCUGCGGUAUUACACUUACGAACAAUCUCUAUGGAUGGCCUUUCAGCGGAACUGCCCUUGGCAAUAGUGUUGGUUGUGGUAAUGCGCCAUCUGGCACUUCCUGGGGCGCAUUCGAGGUUCUUUGUGUUUAACAUUGUUCAUUUCAUAUCUUGAUUGACGUCGUUUGCUGGAGCACGAAUAUCUGAGCUGUUUGAGAAUUCCUUGAUCUCUAAUUCGUUCGUUCUUCCUGUACACA